AAGUUGUCUCGUCGUGUGUGGGAAUAUAUAUUCACAACAGGCAGCCAUCUUUAAAUUAGAAUUAAAUUUAUUGGAAAAAACGUGUUUAAAUAAUUAGAGCAAGUGAAAUAAAGUGCAUCGAGCUGCAAAGCAUCAAUAGCUUCCGCAACCGUUAAGGUCAAUCCGCAACAACAAUUACAACAGUCACGUCCAGCACAUUAUUUGGCUAACGGCAGCAAUCUUAAGGCAAACAUGGCAUUCCGUGGCAAUCAGAAUCGCAAUCGUAACUUUGGUGGCGGCAAUCAAUACGGCGGCCCGAUGGGCACCAAUCGCAUGGGUGGCAUGAAUAUGUCACCCUGGGAGUCGCAGAAUCCCGGCGGCGGCCAAUUUGGCAACAACAUGCGUCAAGGUGGUGGCCAGAUGAACGCCCAGGCCAUCAAUUUGGCCAACAAUCUGCUGAACAAUCUAUUUAGAAACCAGAAUCCACCCUCACUGCUGGACCUGCCACGCGGUGGCAUGGGCAAUCGCAAUCAGCGCGGCGGACCGAUGGUCAAUCGCGGUGGCGGUGCCGGCAAUCGUCUCAAUAAUCGUCGUGGCCAAGGAGGUUUCCAAAAUCGUGGCGUUACUGGUGGUCCCAAGCCCCCCCAAAAGCAGGGCGCCGGCGGCAUUCGUAAGCAGAAUGCUUUUGAUCGUGCCAAGAAACUUUUGGCUAAAAAUGCCAACACUAAUAAAAAGAAGGAAAUUACUCCUGGCGAAAAGAAAAUCGAGAGUAUCACCACUCCCAAGGAGUCGCCGUACGCUAGCGUGCCCAAUGAUAUGUUCUAUUGUCAUUUGUGCAAGAAGCACAUGUGGGACGCCAAUUCGUUCGAGAACCACAUCAAGGGACGCACCCAUUUGAUGAUGCGCGAGGGCAUCGAGGAGAGCUAUCGCCUAAAGGCCAACAUGAUCCGCCAGGAGGCCAAGAUUGCCGAGCAGCUCAAGUCCAUUGAGUUUGAUCGUUUGAAGCGCAUGGGCAAGAGCAAGCAGCGCCAGUUGGACUACUGCACCAUGUGCGAUCUCAACUUCCAUGGUCACAUUUCAACCCAUCGCAAGUCUGAGGGCCAUUUGCAGCUGAAGAAGUUCCUUCAUCCCAAGUGUGUGGAGUGCAACAAGGAGUUUGCUACACGCAUCGAUUACGAUACUCAUUUGCUUUCGGCCGAUCAUCUGAAGAAGGCUGCCGAGAACAAUACGAAGGUGGGCGAGCGCAAGCGUCAGACCUUGCCCAUCAGCACCGCCGAGGAGGAGACACGCGAUCUGCGUCCACCACAGAAGCGCAAGAAGAAGCCCAUCAAAAAGGAGGGUGAGGAGACCACUGAAGUCAAGAAGGAGGGUGAGGAGGGUGCCGAGGGCGAGGAAGCUGAAGGUGAGGAGCAAAAGGAGGGUGAGGAGGCCGCCGAUGAAACCAAGGAGGGUGAAGAGCUCAACGAGAGCCAGGAAGAGGAAGAGGUCGCCCUGCCAGUCGAUCCCGAGGACUGCAUUCUUGAUUUUGCCGAAGGCGACGAGAUUCCCAGCGAGGUGGACACCCGUCUGCCCAAGUACAACUGGCAACGUCCCGUAGGACCAGCCCUGAUCUCAAAGCUUGAGUGCUUCGAGUGCGCCGUCUGCAGUAAGUUCUUUGAUACAGAGGUCACCGCCGAGAUUCACUCGCGCACCGCCACCCAUCAUCGCAACUUCCUUAAGUUCAUCAACGAGAAGUCCAGCGAUACUAAGAUUGCACAAAAGCGCGCCGCCGCUGCCCUUGAGGAGAACGAGCGCAAGAAGCGCAAGAUCGAGGAGACCGAGGCACCGGCUGCUGAGGGCGCCGCCGAGGAGACUGCCGAGGCUGGCGAGGGUGAGCUUUACGAUCCAUCGGAAGCCACCGGCGAUGAUGAAGAUUUUGAAAUGGCCGAGAAUGCCGAGGGCGAAGAGGAGGCAGCCGAGGAAGAACCCGCUGGCGAGGAAAACGGUGAGGAGAUGGAGACCCAGGAAGAGGAGGAGGAGGCCGAACAAGAGGCCGAACCCGAGCCAGAGCCGACACCAGUUCCAACUCCCGCUCCGGUUGCCCAGCCAGCAACACCGGCCAAACCGGAAGCAGCCAAGACGCCGGCCAAGGCACCUGCCGCAGCCGCUGCUGCUGCUGCUGCUGCCACACCGGCUGCUGGCGCCAGUCCAGCCGCAGGUGGAGCUGCUGCCCCAGCCGAUGCCUCGCCAUCGCCAGCCAAGAAGGCAACGCCCGCCCGCGCUGCCGCCGGGCCCAAGGCAACGCCACAACGUAAUCGCGCGCGCGGCCGUUACAACCGAUACUAGACGAUGGCAAUUUUGGACUUAAGACACAAUAUAUAGCUAUAUUAUAAUCCAUUAUUAUACACAAACACAAAGAACAACACACUUUCCACACGUUUGAGACCCUUAAUGUAAGAGAGACAUAUAGAAACGGAUGCACGCGCCGCCCUUCAUCUAAAGCGAAACUGAACUUUUCUCUUAGUGACAUUUUCAUCCCAUUUUGCAUAAACUUUUGUAAUUGACACAGACAUUAACCAGAUUGAUUCUAUUUCAAGACGGGUCUUCGAUUGCAAACCAAACCAAACCACAUUCAAGGAAAUGGCAACAAAACAAGUUUAAAACAAAAAGAAAAUG